ACUGAGCAGCAGCUUGUGUUGUUUUUUAAGAUGAAAAUGUGACGUUGACAUUGACAACCUCUGGCGUAGGGUCGGCUAUAUAAAGAACGGGAAGCUUUGGGAAUGUUCAGUUGAGUCGACUUUUACGCAGCAUGGAGAGAUCUGUGCGCAGUGUCGUCGUGUUCGUGGCAGUGUCCACACUCAUCGCGUGCCACUCAACGGAGGCGUGGUACAAGCAGCCAACCGGCCCGAGCUACUACUCCGUGGGCAGAGCUUCAGGUUUGCUCUCCGGGAUCCGCAGGUCGUAUGUCCGCAGGUCUCAGGAGCAAGCUCUCGGCCAAGAGACGACAGAUCCGACCGGGAAUAGCGUUCCAGACUUGCUCGGGCAGCAGACACCUGUCCUGAAAAAUAUGGCUGUUUGUGUGAAAGACAUAAGUCCGUCUUUACGGAGUUGUGAACUUGUCGCGGACGGCUCGUCAGUAUUGAGGUGCAAAGCGGAUGUUUUCAUCUCCCUAAACGCACUGGAUUGCCUGGACUGAGGACUAGCUGCGCGCUUCAGCACCGUUUCGUUUCUUGCAUCCCUUUUAACGCCGUUUCCCCCACGCAACACCAAGCAACAGGACUUGAACUGUGUGCAAGGUAUCAAACACACUAUGUGAUUACUGACUAUGUGAUUACAGCAUCACAAAUGUGAAUUUAUUUUGUCUGA